GAAUUGAGCAUUGUCCACUUCCCCUACAUCAAAUUCCAACUUUGUACUCGUCAUUUUCUCUUCUUUAUUCAAUAUUUUCAGCUUCUUGCGGGCUUGCGCGCAGACAUAUAUAGCUUCAAAGGAUGGAAAUGAAAGACUAUUAAACGUUACCGUUCUUUCUUUAUAAGACUGAAUAAACGGCACUACGUUUCAUCUUGCUCUAUCAGAAUUUAUAUUUAUUUAUACGCUCCCCUUCAACACCUUCUUUCAUUUCCCCAAUCAACCGACUAACCGUUACCACCAUCAGCACCUUCCAAAAUGGAAUCAGAAUCAGAUAAAUCGCCGCCUCCGUCUCAGUCCCGCCGCUCAAUCUGUGAUAACUGCAACCGCCCACUCCCUGUCUGUCUAUGCCACGUCAUUCCAGCGUCACCAAUCCCAACGGCUACUCAGAUCAUAAUAGUCAAACACCCGCACGAGUCUCAUCAUAAGCUCAACACUACGCCUCUUCUCACCAAAUCUCUCGUCAAUGCUACCUCCAUAAUUUCCCGCAAGUUAAAACCUAACCUCCACCCUCUCCUCGCCGAUGAUAAACCCUCUCCGGCCACUUUUUACCUCUUCCCUCCUACGCCUUCCUCGCCGGCAAUCACACUCUCUGAACUCAAAAACUCGAUUACUAAAUUCCGAAAUGCCGAAACUGGUCCUUUAGUUUUGAUCGCUAUUGAUGCCACGUGGAAGCAUGCGAAGGAGAUGGUGAGCGCGAGCGAAGGGUAUUUAACUAAAUUCGCCACUAGGGUCUGUUUGGAUGGAUUUGAUAAAGAAAUGGAAGGAGGGAGCAUAUACGACUCGGAGUUGGUGUUGCGGAAGGAGCCGUGCGGUGGCUGCGUGAGUACAGUGGAAGCGGUGGCGAGGUGGCUGGGAGCGGUGGAGGAGAAUGGGCCAGAAAUUGAAGCGAGAUUAAUUGGGGUUUUGAGAGAGACGGUUAGAUUGCAGGCCCAGUUCUUGAAGCCCAUGAAGCCCAGACCCAAGAUGUUGAAGAAGGGUAAGCAAGAAGAGAAGUCUAGUGAAAAGAGUUUCGGUUAAUAGCAUGUUAAUUUAACUUUGCUCCAAUAUCUCAAAACAAUUUUUAAGGCGCCAAAUAUCUUGAGGCCCUUUCCUUUUAUUGGUUGGCAAAACAACGCUAUGUAUUAGCAAAAACUUUAUUCGUUGGCAAAAUAAAAUUUAUAAACUGACUGCUUCACGAUGAUUCCGCGUGACAAAAUCCAAACUAUACUCCAGUCAUAAGUGUACAUGCAAACUAAAUUCUUUCGUUGGUAAUACUCCAGUGAUAAGUAUAAAUGCGAACUAAUUUCUUUCGUUGGCAUGGAAAACGAAGGCUAUAUAUAUUUGCUGAUAUGUGCACGGCCACACUAUCACUAUAUCUUCCUGUGGUCAACCUUGGAAUUUUGCCAAAGCUUUCAACCUUGGAAGAGGAAAAGAGAAUUUCGUUGCAGCUUAGCGCAAAUCAUGAGAAUUGCUGAGCUUUCGAUGUGGAAGAAUAUUUAAAUUCUUUCCCACCCGGUGUUAGGUUGUGUUCAUUGGAUCAAGGGUUAAUUAUAUGCUAUUUGAUGAAUAAAAUCAACAAUCAAGCUUUACCCAUUAAUCGAAUCCCUGAGAUUGAUCUUUAUCAAUAUCACCCUCAACGGAUCUGGUAUGUGUAUUUACCCUUUUCAAUAUUUUAUGAUUCUUUGAUUCAGCUGUUGCAAUUAGCCAUUGCGAUUAACAGUUUACAUAGGCAAAUAUAAUUCUGAAAUUCUUAUAUUUUGAAAGGCUAAAACGUAGUGUCAGGACCCAGGAGUCCAAAAAAACGUUUUCUUUAAGCAUUGUAUGUUUUGUUAGUCCAUCUUCAUCAAUAGCUGUCAAAUUAUCUUUCUUAAUGUUAUAUACAUUGCAGUAAGACUGACAGUUAUUGACAUACAUACUAAAACUAUCAGAAAUCUCUUAGAGAUAAUCAAUCUUCUUUCACAAUUUCUAUGAAAUCUAUCUUUUAUAAUUUCAGGUGAAUACUAUAUAUUGCAAAUACAGAGAUGUAUAAAAGAGCAGGGGAAAGUUUUAUGUGCUUUUUUACUCCAAGAAAUUGGAAAUGUCGAAAUGGGUCAGGCCUAACCAGAAAGCAUGCAAUGGCUUUUGGAAAGCUACAGGAGCUGAUGUACACAUUAGAAGCAAUAUGCUUAUAGUGGGUUAUAAAACAACACUAGUGUAUUUUGAAGACAAUCCAAAAGAAUCAACAAAAACUAAUUGGAUCAUGCAUGAAUAUAAAAUUGACAAGAGAAGCCCUUCAUCUGCUAACAGGACUCCAGGUGACAUGAAGGUCUAUAAUCCAACUUCCUAUUUCUAUUUGCUUUUUUCUCAUGUGCAGUAAUUCAGUAUUAAGAACCUGUAUUGAGAAUUUGUUUUAUCAUUUGUGUUUAAGUUACUAUUUUAUGAAAACAUAUUUUAGAU